UGGCCGGGGGGGACGCCGGGGCCGGUGGGCGUCUGCUCGCGAGGAGGAUCCCUGCAAGAUGGAGCGGGUGACCGAGGGGACGUGGGCUUCUCUGCCCGUCCAGCUGAGCCCAGGCGUCGUGCUGGCCUUGCAGGAGCUGCGCUUCACUCACAUGACGCCGGUGCAGUCUGCAACGAUUCCCUUGUUUAUGACGAACAAGGAUGUGGCUGCUGAAGCGGUAACAGGCAGUGGCAAAACAUUAGCUUUUGUCAUUCCCAUCAUAGAAAUUCUUCUCCGGCGGGAACAAAAGCUCAAGAAAAUGCAGGUUGGUGCAAUUGUCAUCACACCCACAAGAGAGCUUGCUGUUCAAAUAGAUGAGGUGAUAUCGCAUUUCACGAAGCAUUUCCCACAGUUCAGCCAGUGCCUCUUAAUAGGUGGGAAGAAUCCCAUGGAAGACGUUGAAAGAUUCAAAGAACAAGGUGGACAUAUUCUCAUAGCCACUCCAGGUCGCUUGGAGGACAUGUUCCGGAGAAAAUCAGAAGGGCUGGAUCUGGCUACCUCUGUGAAAUCUCUGGAUGUUCUGGUCUUGGAUGAAGCUGAUCGGCUCCUGGAUAUGGGCUUUGAAGCCAGUUUAAAUACCAUUCUGGACUUCCUGCCCAAGCAGAGACGAACAGGCCUUUUCUCUGCAACUCAGACUCAAGAGGUGGAGAACCUGGUGAGAGCUGGGCUCCGGAACCCUGUCCGUAUCUCGGUGAAGGAGAAGGGGAUGGCAGCGAGCAACACCCAGAAGACCCCCACCCGGCUGCAGAACUACUACAUGAUCUGCAAAGCAGAUGAGAAAUUUAACCAGCUGGUCCACUUCCUCCGUCAACACAAGCCAGAAAAGCAUCUGGUUUUUUUCAGUACUUGUGCCUGCGUAGAAUAUUACGGGAAGGCUUUGGAGUCAUUGAUCAAGAACGUGAAAAUAAUGUGCAUCCAUGGGAAAAUGAAACACAAACGGAAUAAGAUCUUCACUGAAUUCCGGAAACUUCCAAGUGGCAUUCUAGUCUGCACCGACGUGAUGGCCCGAGGCAUUGACAUUCCAGAAGUGAACUGGGUUUUGCAGUAUGACCCUCCAAGCAAUGCCAGCGCCUUUGUUCAUCGCUGUGGCCGCACCGCACGCAUUGGCCACCUGGGCAACGCCCUCGUCUUCUUGCUUCCCAUGGAAGAAACCUAUGUGAAUUUUCUAGCCAUUAACCAAAAGUGUCCUAUGCAGGAAAUGAAACCGCAGAAUAAUGUGGCAGAUGUCCUGCCCAAGCUGAAGUCGUUGAGUUUGGCUGACAGGGCGGUGUAUGAGAAAGGGAUGAAGGCGUUUGUGUCCUCUGUGCAGGCCUAUGCCAAGCACGAGUGCAACCUGAUUUUCCGACUAAAAGACCUCGAUUUUACCAGUCUGGCCCGAGGGUUUGCUUUGCUAAAGAUGCCAAAGAUGCCAGAGCUGAAAGGCAAGAGUUUCCCAGACUUUGUGCCUGUCGAUGUUGACACAGACUCGAUUGCAUUUAGAGACAAAAACAGAGAGAAACAAAGGCAGAUAUUUCUGGAGCAGCGAAAGAAAGGGAGGCUGGAACAGGAAGGGAAAAGGAAAAUCAUCAAGAACAAGGCCUGGUCCAAACAGAAGUCAAAGAAGGAGAAGAAGAAGAAAAUGACAGCCAAGCGGAAGAGAGAGGAGGGCUCUGAUGUAGACGAUGAGGAGAUGGAAGAGCUCCUGAAAGACACGCGGCUCUUGAAAAGGUUAAAGAAGGGCAAAAUCAGUGAGGAAGAGUUUGAGAAGAAACUGCUGGGUAACAAGAGAGGGGCCCAGGCGGAGGCUGAGAGUGGCUCUGACUCUGAAGGCUGAAACAUCAGCUCUCUCUCGGAACUGCCUAGUGGAUUUGCCUGACGGUCAACUCAGCCUUUUCACCAAAACAAGCUGCAAAGAAUUCAUAAGCACCACUCUCCUAGGCCCUAUUUGCCUUUUCGAACUGGCUGCCAGCAAAACCGCAUCACCUUCAGCACAGGACUCACGGACAUUUUACAAGUAGAGUUUAAUGAGUUCGUCGCUAACAGCAGAAGGGGUCAGAACCCCAAGAUCUGUAAACAGGAGCGUGAUUAAAGAUGGGGAGGUGUAAUCAGU